UGUGCCCUCGAAUUCCUAUCGUGAAAAUUGGAGCCACCAUCUUUGUGUAUUUUGUUCAAUGGAGUGUUAGAUGUCAUACGAAAGCAUCGCGAUUUCCGUCCAGGAAGGACGUUUAUAGCUGCGACAUCUGUGCAGUGAAAAUGUGCAGAUAUUCAAGAACUGGAUUAUAUAACCAAAUAUGGCGAUAACUUAGUGGAUUUUGGAAAAUAUGCUUUUCUCCGGUACUGGAGAGGCAAAUGAUGUCUUUGAGGCGUUGCAAUGAAUCCGUAAACUUGUAAGGUGUUCUGUAGUAAGUCGUCGUCAUUGACGUCGAGGACUUUUCCACGAUGGAGCUGUAUAUUGAAACGCUAACGGGCACUUUCUUCGAGCUGAGAGUAUCGCCUUUCGAGACGAUUAUGUCUGUAAAGGCAAAAAUUCAACGGCUCGAAGGAAUCCCGAUAGCACAGCAGCAUCUCAUCUGGCAGUCCAUGGAGUUGGAAGAUGAAUACAGUCUCCACGACUACAGUAUCCACGACGGUGCCACACUGAAACUGGUGCUGGCUAUGAGGGGCGGACCCAUUAAUACUCGCAGGAUUCCUAUGGAGGAUCCGACACUCAGGGAAAUGGCGGAGUAUGUGGAAGCAAAUCGUGACGAGAUCUGGGAGAAAGUUCCAGGAAAUCGUCAAGUGACCCUGCUCGUGUUCCGUGAGGGUGACCAGCUCAAUUUUUUUCGUGUGGUGGACCGAGGCGACGGGACCCUCACCCCGUUGUCCGAGUCUCUGAGUGGUGCGUCCAUGUACAAUUUUAAUGAUGAAGAGGAAGAGGAUGACGUUCCUCCAAAGGAGAAACUCGAAGAGAAUGAACAACUGAAGGAAAAAAUGAAACAGCUUCGUGGCAAGAUGGAAAAGCUUACUCUAACAAAAAAGCCAAGAAAGAAACCACAUCCUCCAACAUCUGGACACUCUAAUGGACGAGGAGCCACACGAUAUCGACAGCUUCCAAGUUCUGGAAGAAACCUGCCCGUAGGUCAUCACCUGAACCGAAAGUCGUGCCUUCCCCCAGUGGGACACACAUUAGCCUCACCUUUUUCCCCAGACGAGCGUCUCAGCCUCACUUCAAUGGCUGGCAAGGAUAGCUUUGCCUCCAUCAAGUCGUCCGACAAUGAUACAUCUACCGUGGAUCUUGGUGGUGCCAUCUCAAAGUCGCCACACAGCAUGAGACACUUGGAGAGUGCUGAGGGCGGGACCAAGCUUAGCCGGACAUUAGAAAGUGUUAAAGAGGAUAUUGGUACAAAUAGUGAAAAUAACACCGCAAGGAAAAUUAAAGUUGACUCGCCCGAGGCAGUAAAGUGCGACGACCGAUCGCUUUCUUCUGGAAAGGAAAGUAGUCCGAAACUCUCUGACAUAGUAGCCUCUAGUUCGAUAUCACAUGAAAGUCAAAAGAUUGAUUACUUAGGGGCUGAGUCCAAGGAACUUCAGCGUCAAAUACAGGACUCACGGCCAAUCACAAGCAGCAAAAUGAAGGACCUUGCAUUGGAAAGUUUCAAGGAUAGCCUUAGGCCACCAACAUCCUCUAAAAACAAACAGAAACUAAAAGGAAGUGAUCUCACGAUAGAAAGUCUUAAGGAAGUGCUAGGUCGACCAACUACGUCCUCAAGAGAUGUGACACUCGAGAGUUUACAAGAGACAUUUGGUCGACCCACCACAUCAUCCCGGUACAAGGGGCUUGAAAGACGGAAAGAAAUAACAUUAGAAAGUUUGAGUACGAGUGAGGCGCGUGCCAUGUCCGGACUUUUAAGACAAGCAUCGCUAGAAAAAAUUGGCUCGUCACGUAUAGGAAAUAUUGGUAACUUUGUACCGAGUGGUAGUAAGUCCCGUCUUUCUAAUUACACAUUUGGAAGUCCUGCGUUACCUGACGGAAGGAUGACCACGCCCGAGGGGCGACUUGUGUCGGCCCGACUGCAGCGAGUGACCAAUAGUCGCGAUGGUCGUCUUCUGUCCCCAUCACACCGCCUUCCACCUGUCAAACCAAAGAAGAAGGUCACCAAGCGAUGCUUUGUGUGCGGCAAAAAAACAGGUCUAGCCACAAGCUACAUUUGUAGGUGUGGAAACAACUUCUGUGCAACACAUCGGUAUGCCGAGUCCCAUGAAUGUACGUUCGACUACAAGACAGAAGGCCGCAAGUUACUGGAGCAGAGCAACCCGGUGGUCAGUGCCCCGAAGCUUCCGAAAAUAUAACUCAGGAUCUAUACCACCUUCUAUAUAUCACAUCCUCAGUCAGUUUCUCUCUUCUACCUGAACUCAGAAUGUUAGCGCCGUUUCGUAUCUAACAAACAUUCUUGUGUUCAUUAGAUACAGUUGGUAUUUUUAAUACGGUCGAGAAAACAUGAUACCCGUACUACCAAGGUAAUUUUUUAUUUGAAUUGUUACUCUCCGUGUGGAAGGGCUGGACUUUUCCGUCUUUCCUGUAUUACGAUUUUGUCAGGAUGUUUACAAACACUCAACGUCUGGUAACAUACAGGUAAUUCCACAUGAGUUCAUUGUUCAGAGAGGAGAAUUGUACUGGGAAAGUAAAACUCCGAGUCAGUUGGAGCAAUGGAGAUGUUCUGUGUUGUGUUCUAGCUAACAGGUUUCAGAUAAUUUUGAUAAUUUUGGAAUGUUCUGAAGAGAUGAUUGUGAUAAGCUUACAUUUUUUAUCAGUCUUUCAUGUUUUCCCAAUACUAUAUAGGGAAUUGUUUAAGUGUAUGAAUCAUUAUUUUGCUACUUUAAUAUAAAUAUUUCAUUUUCCACUUUUUAUUAUUUUUUUUUUUUAGAUUUAUGACAGGCGUAGGUAACAUAAUUAUCUACCUAGUACAGAGACCAUAUAUAUCUUCAGUAAAAACUCCAUAUCUCAUUUGUUAGAUGUUUUUUCCAUUCCAAAGUUGUGUUUGGAUAAAAUAUAUUGUUCAAAAUAUGAAGGAUUUGUCUAAAAGAUGGAAAAUUCUUUCAACUUAAGAGUUGCAUGGUGUUUUCACUGUAGGUUACGAAAAUUAGAAGCCAACUCAAUGAUUUUAGUCUUGAUGAUAUUGUAUAUUACAAUAAGAAAGUGCUUUUUAAUAUUAAUGACGUCACAUAUUGUUAUCUGUAGCUAAAGCUGUGUUUGGUUUGUAGUACACAAUUUUUUAUUUUAUUGUGAAGGUCCAAAGUCAUGAUCACUUGUAAUAAAGAAAUUUGGCAUUACCCAAAAUUGUUUCUUACCAGAAAAUAUAUAAAGACAAUAAUGACUAGUGUUUUCAAGAAAAAGUGGGAGCCAAAAUGUUAAUAUUGAUUUCAUAUUCUUGGUUAUGAACUUUUGUUGAAUCAAGAUAAUCAAACUAAGACAUGAAAACGGAAUAUAGCUAAGUUUGUUUGUUUGUUUUGUUGUUUUGUUUAUUUUUUAUGGAAUAUGUGGCUUAAUUUUGAUAUAUAGAGCCUUUAUUCAAAGACAUUUAUUUUGUCACACUUGUAUACCUGUUUCAGUUCAACGGGGAUGUUCGCUGCGUUAUACUUCGGUAAAUGUUACCAGUAUUGGCAGCCCAGCCUGGUUCGUCAGUAAACCUCCACUAAUCUGAUUCACACCCGAAUGAAAAUCAAAACUGUAGAAAUAUAGAAAAUAACGAUGUAGUAAUAACGAUGUAGAGUGAACAUUUUCAAAAUUCAUUUUUUUUUUUUUUUUUUUUCAAAAAUCUUUUAUUUACAAUUUUAAUUUUAAUAUUGUAUCUAAACCAUCCUUAUAAUCAAAGUUGUAGCUUAUUGGAAACUCAACCGCUGUAACGUUAGAAUUGUUAGUAGCAAUAUAGCUGUUGUAUCCUUGAUUAUUAUCCAAAGUAACCCAGAGAAAACGAUGACUUGAACAUUUGGAAACACAUACAUCAUGACUGGUAAACUUUGCUAUUUCCCCAAGCCAUAUAAUUGAUUUUCUGACUGCAAAAAAAUAAUAAUACAAAAAUCAAGAAGGUUUUAAAUUUUAUUUACUCUAAAUUUGUUCCGUUGAUCAUUUGGGCAAGUAAACUUGGCGCAAACACCAUGUUGAAGAAAAAAUCCUGAUCGGAGUUUAUUUACAGAAAUGCAAAUUAGCUUACUGUAAUACAGUAUCUAGUUACAAGUAAUAGUCGAAAAUCAUUCCAUUUGAAAGUCUAAGGACAUUGCUUGAAUGAUUUGUUGAUGUUAAUGUUUUUUUAAGAUGAAAUCUUUGAAAUCAUGAUGAAUGAUGGAUACAUUUCAGUUUUACGAAAUGUGUGAUGUUUUUGAAAUUAAAAUAUAUACUCAUAAUUCCCUUCAAGACAUAUAUAUUGUCUAUUAUGAAGAAGUUAAUAUGCUUGCUUGUUAUUUUAAGCAGUGCCAAAGAUGAAAUCGUUUUCUUUGAUCUAUUCACUAAAACCAUGAUACAUUUACUGAAUUAUACAAAACUUGUGACAGAAUUUACGAAAAUGUGAAAUGAAAUUUAGAUUAUAAGCAUAGAUAUUAGUAAAAUAUUAAAUAAACGAAUGUCAAAUCUCGACAACUCAAAUGUUUGAUGUGAGGGUGUCGGAUCGCUCAGGGGACCUGUUGUUGGUUCAGUACGACCGGAGAAUAAAAAAGCUGUUUUGUGCCUGAAACUGAAAGCAUUUUAAGUACAAUGUAUGUUAUGUUUGAGGAAAUCAUGAUUAAAAAAAAAAGAAAUAUUUUUCGUUUUCUGUUACUUAGUGACUGUUAGAGGAUGUUAGCAAUAACUGAUUUUAAAUGCGUCUUACUCCCCAAGGGGAACUAACUCUCCUAGUUAAACUUCUUAUUUUACGUGUUUAUGUAAGGUGCAUACCUUGUAUGCAUUGGGUGUAACUUGUGAACAGAUAAUUGAGUGUGAAUAAACAAGUUGACUAUAA